ACACUUUUUUAUAAAAAGGAAGCAAGGAAUCACAGUGAGAUAUGGAUAUGAUCCAUCAUUGUUAUUUGGAUUUUAUUAUGAAAGUCAUGAAUCCUGAUUAAAGUAUUAUGCAUGACUCAUACGCAUCUAUCUUCGUUAUGACACGUGCACAAAAUAUUGUCAGAAUAUUCAUAUGCAUCCUUAAUAUUAUAACACAUGAUUUCUUCGAUCUAAUAACAAUAGUUCUCGAAGGAGAAGGAAACCCCGAGUUUUCUUCCACCAUUAGCAUUUGAUUUAGCAGCUGUCCUCCAAAUUACAAAUCCUUUUGGUGGUUUUGAUUCAUAGAGAACUAAGCAGAAGAUGCAGUCCAAGUGUUUGUUUUAAUUCCUCUCCAAGGAUGGAGGUUGUAUUUUCCGGUGACACUACUCGCCUGAGUUACUGGUUGACCUGGGAUUUCUUGCUCUGUUUAUCAUCAGUGUUUACCUCCACAAUCACAGCAUCAAUCCUGAUAUGGAAAUAUGAAGGUUCAGACAACACAGAAAGAGCUUCUUCUCUGUAUGAUGGUGAAUCAUGGAUGCCAUGUCUGAAAGGACUAAGCCCUUUUUGGUUAAUGGGUUUCAGAAUGAUUGCAUUUUGCUUGAUUUUAGCCGCUUCAAUUGCUGAUGUCGCUACUCAUGGCACCAACUUAUUUUACUAUUACACCCAGUGGACUUUGAUUUUGACAACAAUCUAUUUUCUGUUUGGAUCGGUGUUAUCUGCUUCCGGAUGUUUCCGGAAGGACAAGAAUAAUAUGUAUAAUGGUCAUAGAAAAGAUAUAAUAGACACAGAACAAGGAAUUGGAAUCUAUAUGCCUCUCAACCAUGAAGUAAAUCUUCAAGAGGAAUGUUAUUUCUCACAAACUGCUGCAAUUUGGGGAUACAUUUUCCAAAUUGUAUUUCAGAUUACUGCUGGGGCAGUGAUGCUGACUGAUGGUGUUUACUGGCUAGUAAUCUUUCCAUUUAUUAGCAUUUCAGAUUAUGAAAUGAGUUUUUUAACUGUUGUUGUUCAUUCACUCAAUCUUGUUUUGGUGCUAGGAGACACGGCCAUGAAUAGCUUGCAUUUGCCAUGGUUCAGAAUUUCAUAUUUUAUCUUGUUCACUGUGUUAUAUGUGAUCUUCGAGUGGAUUGUCCAUGCCUUUGUUGAAACAUGGUGGCCAUACCCUUUCCUUGAUGUAUCUGCCCCAUAUGCUCCUAUGUGGUACUGGAUGGUUGCAGUGUUGCAUCUUCCAUGUUAUGCUUUGUUUGCGUUGUUUGUGAAAACAAAGUACACAGUCUUGUCUCGAUGGUUUCCUGAGUCAUAUCAAUGUUUGAGAUGAUAUCUGUUUUAGAUUGCAUUAAUGCUCUUUUACAACAAAUUAAUUUC